CCAGUGAAGGUAGUAUUCUAAUAAUAAGCUUUCAUGGUUUGUGUUUUAAAUUACAAUCAAGGAAUAUCAUUUUGCAACCCCACAACGCUUCGCGAUGAAAUGUGCUGAAAUAUAAUUAUUAAUACCAAUAUCACGUAAUUCUCGACUCUCCCCCUGUCUUCUUAGAAAUAUAGCGCCGUUUCCGGGGGGGAAAUAAACUGGUCUCUUUGUUCCCUUGUACUUUUUAUGCCCAAAGGGGGGAUGACAAGCAAUAAAGCCACAAAGAAGUCCGGAAAGGUAAAAACGGAAACCGCUCCUUGCUUUUAUUGACGUCCAACGGAAAUAUGAUGUCGGAAAAGGCUUUAUGCGGAAACGGAUUUUCCUAAUCACAGGAUAUGAAAGAAUAAAACGAUCUUUACCAUGCGAAAUUUUAUACUUACUAAAGAAGCUCGCAAUGGCAGGCAUAUGCGAAAUUGCAACGCAAAUUAAGUUUGUUCGCUUUUUAUCGUCAGAUUCAUUGUAAAAUUGAAGACACAAACGAUAAAGUAACGAAACUACAAGAGCCAACCACCGAAAGAGUCAACUACUCAGCAUAUCGUGUUGUUUAUAAAACUGUGACAUCUCCCUUUUGAAACGUGACUACAAUUAAAAGACUAAGAAAGACAAUUUAACUAUGUCAAGGAAAAAAUCUGCAAAACGCAAAGUAAAGUCUUCAGAAGCACAAUCAAGAGGGCACCAACAUUCAGCAAGUGUAAAUGACGCACAGGUACCAUCUGAUGGAUUCCUACCAGGCGACUCAAGUAUUCUUUCCGAACAAGUGGAGCAAGAUAUCUCUGUUCAUAGUACAACCUCUGAAACGAACCAGCAAAAUUUGUUGAUGCCCAGACUUUGGAUACAGAAUGAAGAAACGCAUUCAGAUAGCAUUUUGCAUUCACAAGUGCAGAUUAAAACUGAACCUAAAGAUUUUGAAUUAGAGCAUCUGCAAAAUCAAAUCAAAACACAAGGCAAAGAAUUACCAGAUUCUGAUCCGUCAAAUACCUCCUCCAUACCUGCUAAAAUAAAGCGUGAAAGGUUGUCAUUGGAUAGUUCCAUAUCUUCCAAGACCAACCAUGAGUAUCCAACAAUGGACCUUGGAUCACAUUUACAGCAAUCUUUAAAUUCCAUACCAUCGGGUCCUGAACUCACAUGGUCACAAUUAUUGGAGGCAAAAAAUCUCCCAAAAGUACAUAUACCAAAGGAUGAUUCACUUAAGAAAGGUCAGCAUGAUUCUGGCUCAGAUAUGGUGUUGUAUUCAACUGACGAUAAUGACGAAAACAAAUCAUUACAUGUGGGUGUUGAUGAAGGUUUAACUGAAAAGAAUCAAAGUGUGGCAUCUAGAAAACAAAAGAUUACCAGAGAAGGCUUACCAGGUUCUGGAACAGGUUUAAAUUGGGAUGAAAAGAGUCUGGAGCUUUCCAAGAAAUCAGUUAUACCUCUUGAAAUUAGACGAAUUUUGACUUCAAAAUAUGGUGCUGCAAAACGUCAUGAUGAAGGUCACUCAGGAAGCAUUGUGCCAAACUUCAACAAGUCAAGAUCCAGAUUUACCCAUUCUAAAAAGUCUGGCAUUACCGAUUCUGAGGAUGAAGCCCUGAAUAGAAUCAAAGCUGCAAAGUCCACUGACUUGUUUAAAAAAAGCAAAAAAGGGAAUCAUAGUCAUGCUACAGCUUCACAAAGCCAGAAACCUGCUCAUCCCAAAAGCAAAUCAGUCUCACCUUCAGAAUAUCAAACUGGUCUGAAAUCUGUCCCAGGAAAGGCGGCAAGUAGACGCCGGUUUAGUUCAUCAACAUACGAAGGUAGACUACCAGCUCGAAAUCUUGAAAAUCACACUGGUAAAUUGCAAAGCCAUGGGUUGGUUGACCUUGGCUCUCACUAUGUGAGUCUCUUACAGAAAGAUAGUCCACCCCCUAACCCACCUACUGGCAGAAACUCAAGUUCACCACCAUUAGAAGGAGUUGACACUGGUUUGGGUAAAGACCAUAGCAAUACAAGUGACAUUGACAAAGGUGUGGUAGACAGGCUAAAACGAACUCAAUUGCCUUGUAAUAAACUAAGGCUGUAUAAUUCCCAAGGGUCGACAGUUGGGGUUGAAAGAUUGCCAUUUAAUUACACUGAGAAGUCCAGGAAAGAUACAGUUCAACACACAAGUGGUAAGAAUGCAAACAAGAAUGCACCAUUGAAUGAUAAUGGACAUGCAUCUCUACUAGAUUCAUUCAAUUCUGAUGAGACUGCAGUUGAUCUGGAGAGGACAAGUCAUUUUAGACAGAUGAGAGUUUCGCCUGCAAGAAGUUCAUCCAGAUCGCCUCCUGGUUCUAUUGCCAGUGGUACUGGACCAAUGAUUGACCUCAACUCAAGCACAACCCAGCUCAGCGACCUUGCUCCUCAUGUGCGUAGAAAAAGUCCCUUUGCUUCGUCUCAUUUGAACGAAAUUCCAAAAGAAGGGAUGAUCCUUCCUAGAAGCUCUUCCAGGUCUCCAAUCAGGACUGAAAGAUCAGGAAAUACUCCUCCAGGCAUUAAGCAAUCCAUGAUAGACCUCGGAAGUGGUCAACAGUUCCCUAACUACUUGGAGAAAGCAAAACACGCUGUUUCAAGGGGUUCUUCAAAAUCUCCCGUGAUGAUUGAUCGAAGAAACACCAGUUCCCCAAAUGGCUCGAUGAUGGUACGUGGUGGUUAUAAAAAAGAUGGUAACCUCAUGAAGAAUCCUCUGCCGAGAAAUCGUUCAAAAUCACCAGUUUUACCAAGUCUAGCAACGAGUGAUGGUCGUCCUGAAGCAAUGGUAGAAAUUCCUGGUGGGUGUUGUUCGCCUCCCCCAGACUCUCGCCUGGCCAACGAGAAGAUGAUUGAUCUUGGUGCUACAAAUCGUCUACACGAGCGUAGAGGAGCUCCUCGGAUGAAACCUUUGGAUGCAAUGAUAGAUCUUAAUAGCGUAGAUAAUCCAGCAUCGCCAUCCAGUCCAAGUUUUGGUACUCUUCCAUUCUCCAGCUUUCCAAGCCAGGUGUAUAGACCACCCCACCGAUCACGAUAUUCCUACAAAUCAAAAGCGUAUCGUUCUCGACCGCAAGGUUCCCCUGGGUUGCUCCCAUCUCCUGGGGUUGUCGCAUCCCCCGGGCUAGUAGCAUCCCCGGGAUUAGUCGCAUCCCCCGGGUUUAGCCCCAGGAUACCAUUUGGCCCGCGAUUUCGUUACCCACCUAACACUAGAUACCGUGCACCUGCAUCGCCAAUGAUUGAACUGGGAAGUUUCGGAAAAGGAAACGAGUUUUCGGGGAAGGUUCCAACUCGGUCAUCAGAGAUGCCACCACAGCCAUUCUUAGGGCAAUCCUCCCGAGACAUUCCCAAACGAAGACAUUCCCAGGAUUCUCAGAAUUUGAAUGAGCCCGCGAAGAAACCACGUGUUGCUUCUCCCGAUCAGCGGCGUGAGGAAAAGAAGCCCGAAGGAAAUAGUGUAAGACUGAAUGUAAACGAUCUUCUCUCUUUGGAGCGGGAAGAACAAAAGUACAUCCAGGAUCUAAGUAUGGUUCAGUCGGAGGUGACGAAAGUUCGAUUCAAGAUGCAACGAAUGCAACAAGAUUUAGAGAAAUUGCAGUCUUCUGAGAUGGAAAUUAAACAACGUAUUGAUCAUGUCCGGUCAAAGCGUGUUAAGAUUCUCAAGGAAGCGCAAAGCCACGAUGAAGGGACUCCUGAUGGCUAUGAAGGUACAGCAAGGAGUAGUAAUGUUGAUAAGACAUGUUCCCAGACGGGUAAUGAUGGUAUGGGUACACGAAGGGGUAAUGAGGGUGUUUCAGGUACUCAAAGGAGUAUUGAAUGUGAUAUGGGUAAACAGAGGGAUAAUGAAGAUGGUGAUAAAUCGUACAAUCGAGGUGACCCACGGUUUGAGAAGUACAAUGAUGUAAUAGACAAAGUUCCAGAAGCUCAGAGAAGUAGCACACGUGAUUUUACGGAAGGAAACGCCUUGAAUGAGAGGAGAGACACGAGGAAGUGCAUUUCAGGUAAAGAUUCUUGCAAAAACGAUGAAAUCACCUCCAGCCAUCGUGGAUCAACAAGAUAUGGAAAUAUUCCAGACGAUCAUGAUGUUGCUCCUUCUGAAAUCAUUCUGCGAAAUGAUAGCUUGUCUUCCAACACCAGUGACCCUCACCAUCCCGCGAUAUCAGCACAUACUUCGAGUGUCCAGCAUUACCCCGUGGCAUCGUCAAGUGGCAGUGGUGCGAACCAAACCAGGCAUAAACCCACAACACAACGGCGUGUUGGUUGGGACAGAUCCUCACAGGCCCCCAGAACGGAACUCUUGACAGAAAUUGAGACAUUCGAAAGUUCGGACGGAUCCACCAUCACUUUAAAUAGCGAUGGAACUUUGGUGCUCAGAAAGAGCCAAGCCGGUCAGCUGGCAAGGAAGCGGUGCAGUUCAAAUACACUUGAGGAUCUUUCUACCGAUUUUAAUGCAAGAAACGCGGAUGAUGGUAAAAAUAUUUCAAAUAAGACGAAGCAGUUUUUGGGCUGCCUUGAGAUAACAAGUACUACUGAUGAUCCAAUGAUUAAUGAUUCUGAUGGACCAAAAGAGGUCUUGGCAGAGAAGGAGAGAGAGAAUCUGGCUAGGAAGUUGAGAUGCGAUCAAGAUAGGAUAAGCAGUACCGUACCCAGCUUGGAAAAUGAAAAAGAUGCUGUGGGUUCAACAGGCGAGGUGGAUUUUGUGGGACACACGGAUGCAGUAUGUGCUAUACUGCCCCACAAUGGGAAGUUGUUCAGCGCUUCGGCAGAUCGAACUGUCAAAGCUUUUGAUUUAAAGACUGGAGAAUGUAUGAAGACUUAUGAAGGUCACGAUUUGGCGGUCAACUGCCUUGAGAUAUCCACCGACGAUGAAAAGGUGGAAAGAUUGUUCACUGGAGCUAACGACCUCUCAGUUAGAGCUUACAACAUCAAGUCUGGUGUCUGUACGCACAAGUUUAGUUUUCGUGGUAGAGUAAUGUGUCUUCAUGUCGCCUUUGGAAAGUUGUUUGUUGGUCUUAGUUCUGGUUUCGUUGCUGUCAUAGACUUGAAGACGAACGAGUGUAUUGAUCAAUUUAAUUGCCAUGAACCAAGUAGAAUAAGCUGUUUAUCAUCUGCAACAGAGGGACAACGCUCCCUACUUUGUACAGGGUCAUUUGACUCGACUAUUACGAUUCGAGACGAGAGUUCCGGUCUUCUACUGCGUCAUAUCAAAGACCACAAACUGACCGUGCUGUGUAUGCAAGUGCUUGAAAACAUUCUGUACAGCGGAUCAGCGGAUACCGUCGUACAGUCACAUAACAUCAAUACCGGGGAGCUGGUGCGAUCCUAUACCGGUCAUACCAUGAGUGUCAGCGGUAUUCAGGCAUCAGGAGGAGUCUUAGUGACGUCAUCACUUGAUAAGAUUAUUCGAUGCUUUGAUAUUAAGUCUGGUGAUUUAUUGCAGUUGUAUGGAAACACAGACAUGAUAUUCUCUCUAUCCGUGUUUGGAGACAUGAUAUACACUGGUUGCCGUCACGGGCGUGUCUCAGGGAUUAAGUUGGAUCUACGAAAAUACCAUUGUUGUAAAUGGGGUAAUUGCUCUCUGAACUUCGGAUUGCUGAAACAUUUGAAACAACACGUGCAAGAUCAUAUCAAUCAAAUUGUUGACUUUAAAAGUUGUUUCUGGGAUGAAUGUGCUCAUAACUUCCCACGAGGGAAACAACUGGAUGUUAUUCAAGCAGCCACAGAACAUAUACUAAGUCAUGUCCCAAAUGCUACAGAUUGAGGCAGUUCCCUGGAUCAACUGAGGUAUCUUGAACGUUGUGUGACACAAACAUAGGAGACAGGAAAUUGCAUUGGGUUAUUUAUUGACCAGUUUCUAAAUUGCAUUAUUUGUACAUUAGAAAUAUUUAUAUUCUUCAUUACUUGGAAAGAAAGUAAAGAAAAU